AUCCCUGACAGUCCUAGAUGUAAUGGCAAUGGAAGCCUGGUGUGUGGUAACUGUGAGUGUGAUGAAGGCUGGUUAGUAUUAAAUAAUAUUACUUGUCUAUUAAAUUUGUAUUCUCAUUCCUGAUUGGUCAACAUCUCCGAUUGAUUGUCAGUAUCCGGUAGUACAUUGUCAUGUAUUGCAGCUGGUGAUGUAAUCGGGGUGCAAUAAUAAACAAUUAUAAAAUUCCUUUUAAAAACACGGGCGCUGAUUGGUCAAAAGCUAAAAAAAACCGUGUUUCUAUAAUUCGAUAGAAACACGGGGAAUUUUCACGCGGGUUGCGUGGAUUGCGCGAGAAAGAAUCGUCACAAAAAAGGCUUGCAACGCUUUGAUAACUUAUAGAAAGCGAAGACCUAAAGCACAAAGUAGAAUACAGCAUACGUUGUAUCUGUUUGGCUGUUUACCAAGGUAAGUUAUUUUAAUUUUACUUUGUCUUUUUAAAAAAUAUUUCCUGGCGACCUUUUUAAUCAUGUUUAUUAUCGUUUUUAAUCGUUUUUAAUCAUGUUUAAACGUUUACUACCUAACUAUUUAAAACAGUGCUUUCUUGCGAGCAUGUACGUUGUUGAGUGAAUUAUAUACUUUAUAGUAAAGUAAGCCAGUUAAGUGUUGUCUGUUGUUUUGACAGCGAUAUACUUGUUUACUUGGCUAUGCUUUUUAUUUUUUACACGAACAUAUCAAUAUUAUGAAAAACAAUUGUUUCAAUUUCGAGCGUGAUGGGAUAAUCCUAGAUCAGUCCGAAUUAGCCAACAGCCUAAACGAGUUUUACGCAUCAGUAUAAAUAAUGACAUUCCAACACUCGACGUAACAAAACUUCCCCCUUCCUCCCAGCCACCGAACCUGCCCCGAGGCUUGAACCGUAUCAAGUAUGUAAGAAGUUAUCAACAAUCAAACCUUUCAAGUCCAGCGGCCCGGACAAUAUUCCUUGCCGAAUCUUACCCUUGAUUUCGCUUACGAACUUUCCGAGCCUGUUACAAUUACUUUUAACGCAUCACUCGCAUCUGGAUCUGCCCCUAAAAUCUGGAAGGAUUCAGAUAUUAUCCCUAUCCCUAAGAAACAACAGCCUACUUGCGAAGAAGAGCCAAGACCUAUUUCACUGACAUCUUGUCUAUGUAAAGUCCUAGAAGACUUUGUAGUCUCCUGGAUGAUAACCGCGAUAUGGAAGACAGAAUUGACCCAAGACAAUUUGGAUGUCUGAAGGGAACAUCGACGACUUACUGUCUUUUGGACAUGAUUCAAACUUGGUUGUCCUUCUUAGAUGGUCACGGAAGACACCUACGGAUAUGUUUCCUCGAUUUUGCAAAGGCUUUUGACCGUAUUGGUCAUAAUAUGGUAAUAUCCAAACUAUUGGAUCUAAGUGUUCGACGAUCCUUGGUACCAUGGAUAAUUAACUUUCUUUCACAGAUUUAAAUUAGGAGAUAUAAUCUUGGAUUGGUUACCAAUGAAAGCUGGCGUCCCACAGGGGACAAAGCUUGGUCCAAUUUUGUUUUUGGUAAUGAUAAAUAAUCUCAAUCCCAGAUCCAGCGGAACAGAUAUUUGGAAAUAUGUUGACGAUGUAUAACCUCGGAGGGACUGGCAAAGACCAGCAAUUCUAAUGUGCAAUCUAAUCUUGACUCAAUCUGUUCUUGGUCCCUACAUAACUAUAUGAAACUUAACGUUAAAAAAUGUAAAGAAUUACGCAUUUGUUUCCAGAAAGAUAAACCUGAACUAUUGCCAUUAUUGAUAGAUGAACAAGCACUUGAAACCGUUCAGUCUCACAAAGUUCUUGGUCUUAUUAUUCAGAACAAUCUAAAAUUGAACGAACACAUUGACUCAGUCGUUUCCAAAGCAUCUAAACGGUUGUACAUUAUUCGCACUUUACGCCGAAGUGGCGUCCCUGCUGAAGAUUUACUUGAGAUCUAUUUCGCGAUCAUAUUACGCUCAGUGCUAGAGUAUUGUACUAUUGUUGUGUUGUUUGGCAUAAUACUUUACCUUCGUAUCUUGCUAACCAGUUAGAACGAGUCCAGAAACGCGCACUUAGAAUUACAUUACCAGAAUACACCUAUAGUGAAGCCCUAACAUUUCUGAAAUGCGCCCGGCUAGACGAGAGACGAGAAAAACUUUGUCUUAAAACCUUGAAAAAUAUACCACAAGGAAGUCCUUUAUUUGGUCACAUUCCUGCACCGAGAGACACCUGUUACGAUUACAACCUAAGAAAUUCUAAUGCAUUAACUACGAUCAAUUGCAGAACAGAACGGUACCGCCGCAGCUUCUUUCCGAGCACUGUGGCUAUUUUUAAUGACAGUAGCAACAUUUAAAUACAGAUUUUAUAUAAGUACAAAGUAAAUUUUUAAUAUAUUUUAACUCUGUAAUCCUUAUUAUUGUUAAUAUAGUAAUUAAAUACUUAGUUGUAAAUUCACCGCAAUUCAAAUUUAUGCGAUGGUGAAUAUUCUUAAACAUGAAUAAUAAUAAUAAAAAAAUAAUUAAAUUUAUUCAUUUACACGAACAUAUGAAUGUAAUUAAAAUCAAUAAAUUUAUCUUUUUUUAUUGUUUUUAAAAGGCUAUUUAAUAAAGGAAAUAGAAAAAGAAACACUUGUGCCUGUUGUGGAAGUUUGGGAGAAACUUGAAAUUGCGUGGAAACACUCGCACUUCGUGCUCGUGUUCCCGCGCAAUUACUCGUUUCUCCCAAACUUCCACUUGUGUUUCUAUAACUUUAUAGAAACACGGAAAAUGUUUUCUAUUUCCUAAUUAUUGAAUGAGGUUGAGUAUGAUAUCGAGAAUUAUCAAGACCGAGGUUUUAUCCACCAAAGCCGAAGGCUGAGGCCAUGCAAGUGUCUUAAAUCCCUAAUUUUCUGGUGUUUUUUCUGGGUUUUUUCGUCGUCGACGAGAAAUCGAGUUUGCGUUAGCGCAUCGCAGGCUCAGUUUCCAGUGUUCCAGUUUACUAUACAGAUCAGUUUUCAAGAUGGCGGCCAUUCAAUGAAUGUGACUAUUUCAGUCUCACACAAUUUCUCUGAUUUGACAACGAAUUUUACUGCGUUUUUCUGUGGAUUUUGUAUUUAUCCUACUCUGCACUUUCUUGGAAGUUGACUUGGUGUUUUUUUUCGUGCAACGUCUCUGGAAAUGCGAUGUCUGGAUCGCUGAGUUUCCUGGAUUUCGAGAUGGAAUAUUAUCGAAUUUUAUACGUAAUACCAGGGGUGGAUCCAGCAAGGUCUUUCUAGGGGGUGUGUGUGCUGGGUGAGCAGCCGAGUGUUUCUUUAUAAUUCUUUAGGGGGUGGUGGGAAAGCAUUCAAAUGAAUUGGCUUCCUAACGACUUGAGCGCCGAAGGCGCAAGCUCCGUAGGGGGAUGUAUGACUUCAAAAAAGGAAAAACCUUGGAAAUUGUGCCAUAUUUCUGAAUUUGAUUUUUUUGCAGCCCCUUGCACCCCUGUUGACCAAGGCCAACAGGCGUGCGCACCCCUGUGCACCCCCCUAUAGAUCCACCCCUGCGUAAUACGGACUUACUGAAUGUAAACAAUGUUGUCUGCGUUAGUGUGUCGCAUGCUCAGAGACCAUGUGCAUUUAUGGAUAACGCCGGUUUGUAUUUGUGAGUAAUACUUGUGUUUCAUUGGACAUUACGAAAACAUUUCGUCAGCAUAACUUUGCUAAACUAAUAAUUUUGCUUCUCCCACCCACUCAUGUAUCGAUCAGCCUUUCAUUCCUUGUUCAUUACACCAUAGCACGUAUGUCGUCAUUUUCAGACCAGUGUGAGCGCCUGAACAGGCGUCUUGUUAUAUAUUCAAAAGCUAGAAAGAAAGCAAAGUAAUUUUGUUAACGCUUUUAAAAACAUGGAAUUUUCGCGCGCUUUUUAGCAAACAAUGGACCGCGCCGGGGCUUGGUAACCACCGAACUUCGGUCACCAGCUGAAAUAACGCGACGGCUUCAAGAAUUAUCCGACGCGUUUUAACCAAUCACUAACGAGAAUAGACUUUGAAUAUAUAAUAAAAUAUCUAAUAAAAAUAAUAUAAUAAAAAUAUUAUCACAAAAAUAAUGCACGCUGUGGAUCCCAAGCCCCAGCGUGGUUGGCAGCUAGGAAAAAGCCACGAAACAAUGCAAAACGUCUUCGAUGAGUAUUUAUUAUUUCUCUUUGAAUGUUCUUUUUGCCUAUUUCCCACAGGUUGCCAGUCUCGGAUUUCUUGUCUGUUCUUUUCAAUAAUUAAUCGAACAAUUAUUGGAUUCAGGUUACGCAUGAUAUGAAAAGUUAUUCAGAUCUGGAUCAAUAUGAUACACCUCAGAUCCCUUUGGCAAAUAACAAUGACUUCGAUCUGUAUGCACUGUAAAUUCAAAAGAGUCAAAAGGCUGUUUCUGAGGGUCAUAUUUUAGACUUUUAGGUCGUUUUGAUUCUAUUGAAUUUACCGUGUAUGACCCUCGAUAUCGUGCUCAUUCUGCAGCCUUAUCCAAUAAAAUUAGUAAUUUUACUUUUACUUUUACUAGACAAAAGUUUCAACCACAGUGUUUUAGAGUGUGUUUCUCUCCGUAGGUCUGGCGAAUUUUGUCAAUGCGAUGCUCAACGAUUUUCAAAUAUCAACUCAGAUAAAUGCAAAAAUUCGAAUGAAACUGGCGCCCUCACUUGUAGUGGGAAUGGUGAAUGCGAUUGCGGUGUGUGCCAGUGUAAUUUAAUUCCGGUAAGUUACAGUGGAACCUUUCUUUACGAACAUUCUGUACAAUAAAUACCUUCAUACAUACAAGGGAUUGGAGGCUCCACGGUACUUUUAUUGCAAAGCCUUUUACACACAUGAAAAGUGAUAGAGUGAUGUAGUUAUUGCAGCCGCGUUCUCUGCACUGUGCAGCGUAAUAUAGUCAACCUUGCAACCAGCGCAGAAUCCCAGAAUCCCUGGAACUGCUGUAGUAGACUAAAAUAACUCAGUAGUCAAGAGCAGCGCGCUAACCUCAUCUGCCAACUAUACUUCUCAAUCAGUAAUUUAUGUAAUAUCAUUCUUGUGAUCUUGUUGUAGGAUAAAACGGAGAAAUACUAUGGGCAAUUCUGUCAAUGUAGUAACUUCAAUUGUGAACUGUUUGAUACCAAACUGUGCGGUGGACGUAAGUGA